AUGGCUACUGACCAAUUGUUCCUAACAAUCUCUUAUAGCAAAACCUUCCUCGCAAGGCUCUGCGAGCAGGCCGAACGCUAUGACGAAAUGGUGAACUACAUGAAAGAGGUUGCAAACCUGGGUGGAGAGUUGUCUGUCGAUGAGCGGAAUCUCCUUUCUGUUGCCUACAAGAAUGUAGUGGGCACUCGACGUGCUUCAUGGCGCAUCAUCUCCUCUAUCGAGCAAAAGGAAGAGUCAAAGGGCUCCGACAAGCAUGUCACUACCAUCCGUGACUACCGCCAAAAGAUUGAGACCGAGCUUGAGAAAGUCUGUCAAGAUGUCCUUGACGUCCUAGAUGAGGCCCUCAUCCCCAAGGCCGAGUCGGGCGAGUCGAAAGUCUUCUAUCACAAGAUGAAGGGUGAUUAUCACCGAUACCUUGCCGAGUUCGCUUCUGGGGAAAAGCGCAAGGUUGCCGCCACCGCAGCACACGAAGCCUACAAGAAUGCUACCGAUGUUGCACAGACUGAGCUCACCCCAACACACCCCAUCCGUCUUGGUCUUGCCCUCAACUUCAGUGUCUUCUACUACGAAAUCCUCAACUCUCCCGAUCGCGCCUGCCACCUUGCCAAGCAGGCCUUCGAUGACGCUAUCGCUGAGCUUGAUUCGCUCUCCGAGGAAUCGUACCGCGACAGCACAUUGAUCAUGCAGUUGCUGCGAGACAACCUAACAUUGUGGACCUCGUCCGACGGUGGUGAGGGAGAUGCUGGUCCAGCUGGUGACGCUCCCAAAGAAGAGAAGGCUGCCGAGCCCGCCGCCGCACCAGCCGAGCCCGCGGAGAAGACAGAGGCCGCUCCUGCUUCCUAG